CAGCCGGUAACGACGCGAAGUAAAACCGCGGUUAACGAACCCUUUAUUGUUGUUUUCGUGGCGAAUUUUUGUUUACGUUUCACCGGCAAACCGAACCUUCGUCCCUGUACCUCAAGCCGAGUGUCCAAAUUACGCGUGAGCAUAGCCGUUUCGUCCGUUUACAGCGGCAAAGUGCGUCGAAAGUGUUCCGCCGCCCGACCUAACCUCAACUCGGCACCGAGACUCCUGAAAAUCAAGACUGCGGCUCGCGAGCGGCCGAUAUGGAGUCGGAAUCGAACAGCUGUGGUGCGUUCGCCUCGAAAAAUAUCAAUGGACGAGACGCGGGCUGCGCCAGUGGCGUCGCCGGGCCCGAUUUCGCGUCACAAUGGGCCGGGUUUCGACCUAGAGGCUCGCUGGCACGGAUUCUCUACGACCGACAACGUCAAGACGAAUACUUGAACCAAAUUGAUAAGAACGAGUGGUACCAGUGCGACCUGAACAGUCUUCCACCCGCGAUCGCCUCGAAAUUCGUCCAACUGGGACCGGACAACGACACCAUCAAGUUUCUCGAAGAGUCGGAGAAGAAGUCUGAUUGGAUCCUGACUCAGAUCUGGCACACCAUCGUCAAAGCGGUCCUCGGCUGGUUCAUGACGCAGACCUCCAUCAACGGCUGGCUCCGACGCGGGUCCAUGUUCGUCUUGUCGCAGCCGCAGCUGCUAAAACUCCUCCACGCCGACGACGAAUGGCGAGCGGACUCUCUGCUGGAUCUGGGGGCCGGCGACGGCGAAGUGACUGCCCGGCUAGCGCCCCUAUUCCGAAACGUCUACGUUACCGAGGUGUCGGACACGAUGAGAUCUCUGCUUGACCAGAAAGGUUAUCGAGUUUUAGACGUCGACGCGUGGUUUCUGGACCGCAAGUUCGAUUUCGUGGCCUGUUUGAACGUGAUUGACCGUUGCGACACGCCUCUGCAACUCUUGAGCAGAAUCCGGGAAUCCCUCAAGUCGGACGGGUUCCUCUUGCUCGCGGUGGUGCUGCCGUUCUCGGCCUACGUCGAAUCCGGGGCGCCUGACCACAAGCCACGCGAGUUACUACCGAUAGAUGGCGAGCGUUUCGAAGACCAAGUCAUCAGCGUGGUAGAGGAGGUGCUUAAACCUGCUGGCUUCGACGUCACCGCCUGGUCCAGGGUGCCAUAUCUCUGCGAAGGCGACCUCCACCAGUCUUAUUAUUGGCUGGACGACGUGGUGUUCGUCUUGAGACUGUCGAACGCCCGAUAGGUCGCGAGAUACCGAUCGGGAUUCAACUUCAUACAAUUUACUAUGUUGCCAAAUGAUCGCGUUAACAGUAAGAUAAUGCCAUUUUUACGGUGUUACGUUUUAUAGCCAGGAAAUUUGGAAAUUUUUUUUUUUGUUUUAGUUGAAACUUCCAAAUCUCUACAAAUUUUGUAGACACUGGCAAGUACAUUAACAUGGUUCAUAAUAUUUAAUUUAUGGAAAUUUAUGUUUUAGGUAGCACCUCCUGUUUAUUGAAUGGUGCUAUAAUAUCAGUAUUUGAUAAGCAAAAAGCUUUAUUUUGUUUAUACAUAACGAAAACUGACUUUUAUUUUCCUACUUCAAACAAGAUUUAUUGUAUAUCCCUCUAUAUUAAAGAGCUGGACUUUAUAAUAAUCACCCAGUAAUUGAAUCAUCUUCUACUCGCUUUUUCUUAUUACAGGCGAAUGCGCCGGGGUCACUGUCCCUUUUGAAAAUAAAAAUGCGAAUUGGCUUAAUGACCUCCUAGGGCGAAAAUGCGAGUCUUUUCUUCCUUCACAGGUCUUUACUGUUAUAGCAAAUAUGCCAGUAUCAACAAAAUUAACUUUCAUUUAGCUUUUAUUUACAAGUUUCUUUGCC